GCAACGGUGGAGCUCCUGUCGCACACAAGGGUGCUGUCUCCGUCUUGCGGACCUGACCCGUUAUCUACCUCGACUUCCCCCAUCGCUUUCUCUCUCGUCUCUCCUCCUUCCAUCCUCAACCCCAUCCGCCAUCCUUUUCCCCCUUCCCUCCCCAUCGUCCAUCCGCGUGCUCUCUGUGUGCGCACCGCCUCGGUCUUUCCACUUUGUUCUUGUUGUUGCCAUUGUUUUGUUCUGCUUGCCCGCCCCAUCCGCCUCGCGUGUGUUCCGUCCAUCCAUCAUAGUCGCAGGUAGACAUUUUGUUGUUCGGAAUCCGAUACGAACUCAGUCACAUUACAUCACAUCGCAGCGUAACCGCCAUCAUGAGGAGCGUGCUCUUCGUCUCGCUGGCCGCAGCGGCUGCUGCCGCCCCGUCGGCCAAGACGGACACCAUCCACGAGGGCGCUGCCCCCAUCCUCUCAUCCUCAAACGCUGAGACGAUCCCCAACGCCUACAUCAUCAAGUUCAAGCAGCACGUGAGCCAGUCAUCUGCUUCGGACCACCACCAAUGGAUUCAGAAGGUCCACAGCGGCCGCGACGACGAGAGGGUCGAGCUCCGCAAGAGGGGUCUCUUCUCUGACGCCGUUGAAGUCUUCAGUGGCCUAAAGCACACGUACAAUGUCGGCUCCGGCUUCAUCGGAUACGCUGGGCAUUUCGAUGAUGAGACCAUUGAGAUGGUCCGGAGGCAUCCUGAUGUCGAGGCUAUCGAGCGGGAUACCAUCGUCCACACGAUGAGGUAUGUCGAGGUGCCCGAGUCCACCAAGGAGAGCUGCGACCACGAUCUGGAGAAGAGCGCUCCCUGGGGUCUGGCGCGCAUUUCGCACCACGAUCACCUCACAUUCUCGACGUACAACAAGUACCUGUACUCGGCCGAGGGUGGCGAGGGUGUGGAUGCCUACGUCAUUGACACGGGCACCAACACCGAGCACGUCGAUUUCGAGGGUCGCGCGCACUGGGGCAAGACCAUCCCCGCCAAUGACGAGGAUGUCGAUGGCAACGGCCACGGUACCCACUGCUCCGGCACCGUCGCCGGCAAGAAGUACGGUGUCGCCAAGAAGGCCAACGUUUACGCUGUCAAGGUGCUCAAGUCCAAUGGAUCGGGUACCAUGUCGGAUGUGAUUGCCGGUGUUGACUUCGCCGCCAAAAGCCACAAGUCCCAGGUCCAGGCGGCCAAGGACGGCAAGCGCAAGGGCUUCAAGGGCUCCGUCGCCAACAUGUCGCUAGGCGGUGGCAAGACCACCCUGCUCGAUCAGGCUGUCAACGCCGCCGUCAAGGCUGGCAUCCACUUCGCCGUCGCUGCCGGAAACGACAACGCCGACGCCUGCAACUACUCUCCCGCUGCUGCCGCCGACGCUGUCACUGUCGGUGCCUCCGCCCUGGAUGAUAGCCGUGCCUACUUCUCCAACUGGGGCAAGUGCACCGACAUCUUCGCCCCCGGUCUGAACAUCCAGUCCACUUGGAUCGGCAGCAAGACGGCUAUCAACACCAUCUCGGGCACCUCUAUGGCCUCGCCCCACAUUGCCGGUCUCCUGGCCUACUACCUGUCGCUGCAGCCCGCCUCGGACUCUGAGUACUCGCUGGCCACCAUCACGCCCGAGAAGCUCAAGGCCGACCUCCUCAAGGUGGCUACCAGCGGCGCCCUGUCGGACUUGCCCAAGGAUACCCCCAACCUGCUCGCCUGGAACGGCGGCGGUUGCAGCAACUACUCGUCCAUUGUCGCUGCUGGUGGCUACAAGGCCAAGCCCAAGACUGGCUCCACUCUCGUUUCCGUCACGGAGCUCGAGAAGGCCAUUGAGCACGACUUCAAGGUCAUCUCGGGCAAGGUCGCCAAGGGCGCUUCGGCUCUGGCUGGUCAGGCUGAGAAGCUCUCUGAGAAGAUCCACCAGGCCGUCGACGAGGAGCUGAAGGAGUUCUUCGCCGAAGUCAGGGCUUAGAAGGGUAAGCAAGGGCAGUCUCUCUUGGCAUUGAGUUUCCAUGUGAAGACAUUCGUUGAAUAUACACUGAGUCGGUCGGUUUUUGGCUUCUCUCUUUGCUUUUUUUUAUCUUGCACAUGGUGACUACUUGCCCACUGAGAGUCUACUACUCACCAUCUCCUUGAUGGUCGCGCAUGCUUUGUUUCUUUGUCUGUCUCGCUUGGCUGGAUGGGAGCAUACAGAAUGUCAUGUAUAUUUAUUUAGUGGAUUAGUACUUGCAUUUUACUCAUUUGCAUGCACUGCCAUCGUCCUUCUACUUCUCAACGUGACUCCUUUCUUUGCCUAUUUGGAAAUUUGUUAAGCCUCCAGGAAUCAUAAUUUUAAGCUUUCUCCGAUCGGGACAUGAG